GGCUGCCAUGGGUUCCGUUGGGAGCCAGCGUCUGAAGGAGCCCAGCGUGGUGGGCACACCAGACAGGAGCGUGGUGAUGAGCUUCAGCUUCGACAGCUGCCAACUGGAGGAGGCGGUGGCAGCGGCAGAGGCAGCUCAGGGCCAGGGUGUUAGAGCCAGGGGUGUCCCGACCUUCGUGGACUCCGCGGAGGAGGAGCCCGUGCCCGACGACCGCUACCACGCAGUCUACUUUGCGAUGCUGCUGGCUGGCGUGGGCUUCCUGCUGCCGUACAACAGCUUCAUCACCGACGUGGACUACCUGCAUCACAAGUACCCAGGGACCUCUAUUGUGUUCGACAUGAGCCUCACCUACAUCUUGGUGGCACUGGUGGCUGUGCUCCUGAACAACGUCCUGGUGGAGAGGCUGGACCUGCACACCAGGAUCACUGCAGGCUACCUCUUAGCCUUGGGCCCCCUCCUCUUCAUCAGCAUCUGUGACGUGUGGCUGCAGCUCUUCUCUCGUGACCAGGCUUAUGCCAUCAACCUGGCCGCCGUGGGCACCGUGGCCUUUGGCUGUACAGUGCAGCAAUCCAGCUUCUAUGGGUACACAGGGAUGCUGCCCAAGAGGUACACGCAGGGCGUGAUGACUGGGGAGAGCACCGCAGGGGUCAUGAUCUCCCUGAGCCGCAUCCUCACCAAGCUGCUGCUGCCGGACGAACGUGCCAGCACGCUCAUCUUCUUCCUGGUCUCCGUGGGCCUGGAGCUGCUGUGCUUCCUGCUGCACCUGCUGGUGCGGCGCAGCCGCUUUGUGCUCUACUACACCACACGGCCCCGCGACAGCCGCCGGGGCUGCAGGGCGGGCCUGGGCUACCGCGUGCACCACGACGUCGCUGCUGGGGACAUCCACUUCGAGCACCAAGGCCCAGCCCUGGCCAACAGCGGGUCCCCGAAGGACAGCCCGGCCCAUGAGGUGACCGGCAGCAGUGGGGGAGCCUACAUGCGCUUUGACGUGCCUCGGCCCAGAGUCAAGAGGAGCUGGCCCACGUUCCGAGCCCUGCUGCUGCAUCGGUACGUGGUGGCGCGGGUCAUCUGGGCCGACAUGCUGUCCAUCGCUGUGACCUACUUCAUCACGCUGUGCCUGUUCCCUGGCCUCGAGUCCGAGAUCCGCCACUGCAUCCUGGGCGAGUGGCUCCCCAUCCUCAUCAUGGCCGUGUUCAACCUCUCGGACUUCGUGGGCAAGAUUUUGGCAGGCGUGCCGGUGGACUGGCGGGGCACCCACCUGCUGGCCUUCUCCUGCCUGCGCGUGGUCUUCAUCCCCCUCUUCAUCCUGUGCGUCUACCCCAGCGGCACGCCCGCCCUCCGCCACCCAGCCUGGCCCUGCAUCUUCUCCCUGCUCAUGGGCAUCAGCAACGGCUACUUCGGCAGCGUGCCCAUGAUCCUGGCUGCCGGCAAAGUGAGCCCCAAGCAGCGGGAGCUGGCAGGGAACACCAUGACUGUGUCCUACAUGUCGGGGCUGACGCUGGGCUCCGCCGUGGCCUACUUCACCUACAGCCUCACCCGGGACACGCACAGCCGCUGCCUCCACGCCUCCACCACCAACGGAUCCACCACCGCUGGCCUCUGAGCCACUGGCUCUGCCCUGCCCACCACAGGGGAGGCUAGGCAGGGCCCAAGGCCUGAGGCCCCCUCCCCGCCCCUGCCUGCAGUGCCUGCGGGGCCCCAGCCUCCUCCUGUGCCAAUAAUGCCACCCUCUCCAGGUCCAGCCACUCCAACCUGGAGUCCUCGGCCUAGGGCAUGUCUGCACCCAGGGCCCUGCCCAGCACUGUGCUCUGCGCCUCGCACCCGCCCUCCAGCUCCACCUGUAUCCUGCGGCCCCAGCUCUAGCCAGGCCAGUGCUCUGUAGGGUCAGCCUCAGUCCCCACCAGGGAUUGCAGACCGCCAGCCCGGGCAGCCCCUCCCAGUGACCCUACCCCAGGUCUGCUUUGGGCUUCAUGGCCCUCAUCACACAGUUCAUCAGGGUAUGGCCCCUCCUCACUGGGACCCUCAUGAGCAGAAGGGGCCCCGCUCUGUCACCUAGGGCCUCCCCUCCACCCGGUCCUUAAACACUGGUUUCCCAAACAAAACACACUUGCUGUACCGGAAUUGUAGCCUGGGGUCUGCCCCAGACUCAGUGCCCAGCAGUAGCCCUGGCCUGGGCACACAUACCCCCAUGCACUCCACACAGGCCAGGCACUGUGCCUGACUGGGGAACCCAGCCACUGGGGUCCCCCUAGCUCAUGGAGGGGAGAUACACACUGGUUGAAGGUGGCUGUUGGCCUAGGCCUUAAUCCGUGUCCAGCGUGGCUCAGGGGCAGGUGUAACUUGCCUGAGUCCAUGCCAAGUAAGGAGGCGCUGGGCGGUCACUCCAGACUGGACACUCCAGAACGCCAGGCUGGCUGGGUGGGCACCCUGAGGUGGGGGGAUUCCGGGAAUGUCCUGCCAUAGAUGGCUUUGCCAUGGGGAGGACAGCCUGCCCUUCUGCACCCCUGCUGUGUCCCGUCCACCCGUCUGUCCACUAACUACCGCACUGGCCAUUAAAAGAAGGCAGAGAGAC